AGACCCUUUAUUUCCUACUACAGAUCAGCAACACAGCAUCACAUAUACGAGAGAGGGUGGUUUCAGUUCAUUUCAUCAAUCAUGAGAAGAAGUCUCCCUUCUGUGUUGCUGAUAGCAGCUUUCUUCGGACUAAUUGCUUCCAUGUUUGAUGUUGCAGAGACAAUUAGACCUUUGUCUGAAUUAAUUAGUUCGAAUGGAGAACAUGAUCAAAUGUUGAUCACUAUUCCGAAUUGGAGACCCUCAAGCCCCUCGCCUCCGCCUCCAGUGACCCCAUCAGGGCCGUCACCGAUGUUCAACCAAAAUCCAAGCGGCUCCUUUUCUGCUUCAAGAACGCCGAAUUAUAUUCAACUGCCAUCAUCAAUGCCAAGUGAUGAUUUCCAACGGUCGGCUAGUCCACCGCCACCAGCUCCAAAAGUGUCGCCCCCAUCACGUCCAAUAACGAACGACAAUCACGUUCCUGAUGAUGUUUCCCUAAUGAUGGGUGACAAGGCAAUGAGCUCACCCAUUCUGAAGACAGAUAGCUUGUCGUCUGCUGGCGAUGGAAGCCAAAAUUAUCAAAGGCCUGCGAGACCUCCGCCGCCUGCGCCAAGAGUUUCUCCACCGAGUCAUCCAUUAACCGACCUUGGAAGAAGUCCACGACCAGCAUCCGGGGCAGUUGGUGACCGAAGCCAACGAGAUUAUGAAGUGCCCGCGAGAUCUCCGCCGCCUGCGCCAAGAGUUUCUCCACCGAGUCGUCCUAUGAACCGCCUGGAAGGGAGUCCACCGCUAGCACCAGCAGCAGCAGCAGCAGAUGGUUUCUUUGUUGCUUCAUACUGAUGAGUAAAAAGUUAGAUAUGAAUUGUUCUGUGGAAAGUUAGUUAUGCUCAUUGCUCUCUCUCUUUCUCUCUAGUGUAAUAGUAUGUAUUAAGUCCUGAACUUGUUUGAGAUGGUAAUUAAAUUAUCAUUUAUGCAUCUAUAUAUGAUGAUUUAGCAGCUAGAAAUAACUGGAGAACUAACUGUUCAGCCA